AUGUCGUACUCAUGGAUCGGCCCUCCGACCCAAUUCAAUGGCACCGAUGAUAUCACUGGUGGUGAUUCUCUCACCGAGAACCUUAACCAAUGGUACGCCGCGGGUGACCAGGCCUACAUUCUCGUGGCCUCGGCCAUGGUGUUGAUCAUGAUUCCUGGUCUCGCAUUCCUCUACUCCGGUCUUGCUCGAAGAAAGUCCGCCCUCUCCCUUAUUUGGGCUUGCAUGUUCUCCGCGUCCGUCAUUACUUUCCAAUGGUACUUUUGGGGAUACUCGCUCGCCUUCGGUCCCUCGACAAACGGUUUCAUCGGAAACCUUGACAAGUUCGGUCUUAAGGGUGUCCUUGGUGCUCCCAGCCCAGGUAGUCCUCUGAUUCCUGAGCUGCUGUACUCUUUCUACCAGAUGCAAUUCUGCGCUGUCACUGCUGCCAUUGUCGUCGGUUGCGUUGCUGAGCGCGGUCGCUUGAUCCCUAUGAUGGUUUUUAUCUGGUUCUGGGCCACGAUCGUAUACUGCCCCGUCGCAUACUGGGCUUGGAACUCGAACGGCUGGUUCUUCGUAUGGGGUGGACUUGAUUACGCUGGUGGUGGUCCCGUCGAGAUCGUUUCCGGUUGCUCAGCUUUGGCCUACUCCAUGAUCCUCGGACGUCGCCAGGAGAAAAUGAUGCUUAACUUCCGCCCUCACAACGUCUCCCUGAUCACCCUUGGCACUGUCUUCCUAUGGUUCGGUUGGUUGGGCUUCAACGGUGGUUCCGCUUUCGGUGCCAACCUUCGCGCUGUCAUGGCGUGCUGGAACAGCAACCUUACCGCCAUGUUCGCCGCCAUGACUUGGGUUCUCCUCGAUUGGCGCCUAGCUCGCAAGUGGUCCAUGGUUGGAUGGUGCUCAGGUGUCAUCUCUGGACUUGUCGCUGCCACUCCCGCUUCCGGUUUCAUUCCUCCAUGGGCUAGCGUUGUUCUCGGUAUCACUACUGGUAUUGUUGCUAACUUUGCUACCAAGAUCAAGUUCUGGAUCAAGAUCGACGAUUCCCUCGAUGUGUUCGCUGAGCACGGUGUCGCUGGAAUGUGGGGCCUUUUCUUCAACGGCAUCUUCGGUGCCGACUACAUCAUCGGUCUUGACGGUGUCAACAACGGACUUGCCGCUGGUGCCAUCACCGGUGAGGGAGCCGCAGUCUACAAGCAGAUUGCUUACAUCGUCGCCGUCACCGCCUACUCCUUCGUUGUCUCCGCCAUCCUCGCUUUCGUUAUCGACAAGAUUCCCGGCCUCAAGCUUCGCGCAUCCGAGGAGGCUGAGCUCCUCGGUAUGGACGACGACCAGCUCGGUGAAUUCGCCUACGAUUACGUCGAGGUCCGUCGUGACUACCUCGCCUGGACACCCGCUAAGGGCGAGCCAAUCGACGGUGAGCACUCUGUACCCCAAGGCGAGCGUCACGGCAUUCCCCAGCACAGCCAGAUGCUUGAGGGCAAGGCACCUUCGGAACACAGCUCAGGCCACGAGCACACCGGCAUUGCAGGCGACAGGCAUGCCAUGGCUAUGGGCUCUGAGCACGAGAAGCAGGUUCAAACCUAA